AUGCACAUCGACGACAACGACAAGGACGUGUGCGCAUCAGCGCCGGAAUCGUUCAAAGAGCAGCAACCGGCAUUCAAGCAAGCACAGCAGGACGACCCGUUCGAAGCGAAUCAGCUUCUUAUCUCUGUCUCGCUACUUAAUGUGGAUAUGGAUGACCCUAAGCUUCCGCGCCCAGGGGAUGUAGUGAUGAUCACACCAAACAAACUCAAUGUCUACCGUAACUGCUGUCAAAUCGACGCCAAACUCUACGGGCUCACUAAGGUCAACAUCUCGUGA